AUGAACAAUACAAGUUCCUUGCGCCGCAAAGAUACCACAAAGGGCCCGCCGCUGCGGAUCCUGUCCCUCGAUGGCGGCGGUGUUCGCGGUUACUCUAUGCUCAUUCUUCUCCAGGAGCUGAUGCAUCGCACAUAUGUUGAAAUUGAAGGCAAAGCCCCGAAGCGGGACCAGAUCCCAAAACCUUGCGAUCAUUUCGACCUCAUUGCCGGCACUGGAACAGGAGGCCUGAUCGCCAUCAUGCUGGGGCGCUUGCGACUCGAUAUAGAAACCUGCAAGGAAGUGUAUGUGCGCAUGACGCGACGAGUCUUUGAGACAGACAAGACUUUCGCCGGGAUACCAUACCGAUCAACUCUAUUCAAAGCUUCCAAGUUGGAGGACGCAAUAAGAGAUUGUGUUCGGGAACAUACUAUAUUCGAGGAGGAGGGUAACGACGGAGAACUCGGCACCUACUCGAAUUUGCCCAUGAGUCCUAUGAGCGCAGUGAGCAGGUCGAGUCUUGGUCCGUCGAGGUCCGUGAGUGUCUCUAGCGGCACUAGAAGCGUCGCAAGUUUACAACUCUCAAAUGGUGGCGUUCGCUGGGGGAAUCCUAAUGCGGCAUUAUAUGAUGCACGGGAGAACCGAACAAAGACAGCCGUUACCGCAGUCUACAAGGGCACGCCAAAAAAUGGACUGCCCGCUUUGCUUCGCUCUUACGAUUCCAGAAAAGAGCCUGCACCAGAGUUCAAUUGCACAAUUUGGCAAGCCGGUCGCGCGACCUGUGCAACCGGUUUAGCUUUCAAGCCUAUUCAGGUGGGGCAGUCGGUAUUCAUCGAUGAGGGUGCGGGUAAAUAUAACCCGUCGCCUGUGGUGCUAGACGAGGCUCUCUUGAACGAAUGGCCCGGAAGAGAUCUUGGGAUAUUUGUUAGCAUUGGGACUGGAAAGAGGCCUGCUGGAACCAGUCAGCAAUCACAUCUUUGGUGGGAAGGAUUUAUGGGCGGACUAAGCGAUUUUGCUGAAGCGCGGCGACGAUUGAUCUCCAAAAUCGAAGGCUGUGAAGAUAUCCACCAAUACAUGCGCAAAGAGCAUUUCAGAAAAAGAGGAGCGAAUCCGGACAACUAUUAUCGACUCAACGUGGAGGUAGGAGUUGGCGAAUUCGGAAUGAAUGAGUGGAAUCGGCUAGCAGAUAUCAGUACGAGUACGCGGAGAUACCUUGGCAAAAGCGACGUGCAGAAGAUGAAUAUGGAGGCAUCCGCGAAAUUGGGAAGAAUACACCGAGCAAGACAACGUUACUAUGGCAAGCUCCACGCUGAGGAGCUGGAUGGGACGGAGCUGGAUCGACCGCUGCCUGAUCUUCCGCCGCCUGAGCAGCCCUUAGCCGUUGAAUUGCCUGCAAAUGAAAUUCCGAUUUCCCCUACUCAGCAUCCAAGCCCCAAAUAUUCUGCACCGCAGCAUUAUCCCUCUCUAGCUACCGAAGACGACAAAUUCGCCGUGAUAUCAUCUGACGAAUAUCCUCAACCUGUCGACCCCGCUCUCGCACCGAGGCCAUUAUCUAGCGCUCGAGUCAAUGAUUAUAAACGGGGCGACUAUCGUUCAUCAAACGGAUCAAUUGUCCCAUCACCCCGAGGAAGUGGUGAGCUUGAAGGAACAACAAAUGCGCCACCACUCCCUCCCAAAACUCCCUUACCUUAUCCUGACAGCCCUCCAGCUGUCGGUCGCAGGAUAAGCGGUCCGCCUCGAGCAGGCCCUGGUGUCAAGUUGCCAUAUCCUGUAGAAGAUGGUCCGCCGCCUGUAGUCAAUAUGGCUCGCAAACCAGAGUACGGCGGAUGA